AUGGAAGAGGACUGGGACACGGAGCUUCUGGAGCAGGAGGCGGCGGCGGCUCCCCAGCGGCGUUCUGAGGAGCAGGCGUGGAUUGCUAACUCUGGCACGCCAAACAGCCCAUCCCUCCGCUUCUCCAGCAGACCAAGCAGCCCCUUGUCUGGCUUCCCAGGCAGACCAAACAGUCCCUUCUUUGGCUUUAGUCAGAAUAAAGGCUCACUCGGUGCUAAUGAAGGACCUAGCAGGAAUCUGCAUAUGCAGCGUGACAUUGGAGGUUAUUCUGGGAGCAGAGAUUCUGUUCUACGUCAGAACAGAGAAGAUCAACCAGUGACUGGAUUUGGUAGAGGGAGGAGUUCUGGAGGCAGAGAUUUUCAAGAGAGGAACUCCACAGAUGAUCCUGGUGUGCAAGAACAAGGUUUUAGAGGCGUUCCUGGCAUCUUUGGGCAAAGCAAGUGUUUUAACAAUGAGGUAAGAAACAGUCCUUUGCGUGGCAGCCCUUUUGCCCCAGGAGUAAGAGGAGCAGUUGGAGGUUCUGCAGAAGUUCACAAAGGUCGCAAUGAAGAAAUUGAUUCUGGAAGAGGUCCAAAGGUGACCUACGUGCCCCCUCCGCCUCCUGAUGAUGAGCAGUCCAUCUUUGCAUGUUACCAGUCAGGAAUUAAUUUUGACAAGUAUGAUGAAUGCGCUGUUGAGAUGUCAGGACUUGACCCUCCAACACCAUUACUGGCUUUUGAAGAAGCUAACUUCUCUCAGACUUUAAGGAAGAAUAUAUCUAAAACUGGAUAUUCAAAACUUACUCCAGUGCAGAAGUACAGCAUUCCUGUUAUACAGGCAGGGCGGGAUUUAAUGUCGUGUGCCCAGACAGGAUCAGGAAAAACAGCAGCUUUUCUUCUACCAAUUGUGGACCAGAUGAUGAAAGAUGGCAUAACUGCAAGUGUCUUCCAAAAGCAGCAAGAACCACAAUGCAUUAUUGUUGCGCCAACUAGAGAACUCAUAAAUCAGAUCUUCUUAGAAGCAAGGAAGUUUGUGUACGGGACCUGUAUAAGGCCUGUUGUGAUCUAUGGAGGCACACAAACAGGUCAUUCAAUACGUCAGAUAAUGCAAGGCUGUAAUAUAUUAUGUGCCACUCCUGGAAGGCUUCUAGACAUUAUUGAAAAAGGGAAGAUCAGUUUGGUGGAAGUGAAAUAUUUGGUACUAGAUGAAGCAGAUCGCAUGCUUGAUAUGGGUUUUGGAUUAGAUAUGAAGAAGCUGAUUUCUUAUCCAGACAUGCCAUCUAAAGACAGACGUCAAACAUUAAUGUUUAGUGCCACUUUUCCUGCAGAAGUUCAAAGGCUGGCUGGUGAAUUUUUGAAAACUGACUAUAUAUUUCUUGUUAUUGGAAAUACCUGUGGAGCCUGCAGUGAUGUUCAGCAAAGCAUUCUUCAGGUUCCCCGGUUAUCCAAGAGGGAUAAACUGAUAGAAAUUCUACAGAGCACAGGUGGUGAACGAACCAUGGUGUUUGUGGACACAAAGAAAAAAGCAGAUUACCUUGCAGCCUUUCUUUGUCAAGAGAAUUUACCAUCCACCAGCAUUCAUGGAGACAGGGAGCAGAGAGAGAGAGAGAUAGCUCUUCACGAUUUCCGUUCUGGAAAAUGUCAAAUUCUUGUGGCAACUUCGGUUGCAGCGAGAGGCCUGGACAUUGAAAAUGUUCAACAUGUUAUUAAUUUUGAUCUCCCCAACACCAUUGAAGAUUAUGUACAUCGAAUUGGACGAACCGGUCGUUGUGGAAACACUGGCAAAGCUGUUUCAUUCUUUGAUGAUCAGUCAGAUGGCCAUCUUGUACAAUCUCUACUUAAAGUGCUUUCAGAAGCUCAUCAGGAAGUUCCAGUUUGGUUGGAGGAAAUGGCUGUUGGAGGAACAAGUGUUGUCGCAUCACUUGGUGCCCAUAGGAACACUGCAGGCAGCAGCAGAAUGAACCCAGGAGAAAUGAGGAUGUCAUAUUCUCAAAGAACAUUUAAGUCAUGGGAGUAA